CCAUUUCCAUGGCUACACCAACCUUCCUUCUAAUUUCCAUGAUUUCAACCACUAACUUCAAUUCUCCAUCUUUUAUUUCUUGGGAUUCUCUAAGUCAACUUCUUCUUCUACUAUAAAUAUCACAUCCCUCACUUCACAACACACAUACUGACAAAACACAGCAACCUCAUCUCUCUCUCUCUCUCUUUCUUCCGGAGAGAUAUCAUGGACAAUAACAAUGAAGAGAUCCCAUCAGCUCCUUCAACACCAGCAACUCCAGGGACUCCAGGAGCUCCACUCUUUGGUGGGUUAAGAGGAGAAAGAUCAGGUGGUGCCAUCAGAAAAUCACUUCUCAAGAGCUGCAAAUGCUUCAGUGUUGAAGAAUGGACUCUGGAGGAAGGAAGAUUACCUCCUGUCUCUUGCUCAUUGCCUCCUCCUCCUGCCUCGCUUGCAAGAAAGGUGGGAGCUGAGUUCAUAGGCACACUGAUACUGAUAUUUGCCGGAACAGCUACAGCCAUUGUGAACCAAAAAACACAAGGCACUGAAACACUGAUAGGCUUGGCUGCUUCCACUGGAUUAGCAGUGAUGAUAGUGAUAUUAUCAACAGGUCACAUCUCUGGUGCACAUCUGAAUCCAUCUGUCACCAUUGCUUUUGCUGCUCUCAAGCAUUUUCCAUGGAAACAUGUGCCAGUGUACAUUGGAGCACAGGUGAUGGCUUCAAUGAGUGCAGCAUUUGCUUUGAAAGGGAUAUUUCAUCCAAUAAUGGGUGGAGGAGUCACAGUUCCUUCAGGAGGAUAUGGUGAAGCUUUUGCUUUGGAAUUUAUUAUUAGCUUUAAUCUCAUGUUUGUUGUCACUGCUGUUGCCACCGACACUAGAGCUGUGGGAGAAUUGGCAGGAAUCGCGGUCGGGGCUACAGUCAUGCUCAACAUACUCAUCGCUGGUCAAUCUACAGGUGCAUCCAUGAACCCAGUGAGAACAUUAGGGCCAGCUAUAGCUGCAAAUAACUACAAGGGCAUAUGGAUCUACCUCACUGCCCCCAUCCUUGGGGCACUGUGUGGUGCGGGAACUUACUCUGCUGUCAAAUUGCCCGAGGAAGAUGGUGAUGCUCACGAAAAGCCUUCAGAAUCAAGGAGCUUCAGGAGGUGAUUAUCAACAAAUCUGUAUACAUUAAUCCAGAAACUGUGUCAGAUAAACAAAAGCAGAUGAUUCUAAUUCAGGAGAACAAACUCAGAAGUCUCAAACUACUGCUUUUUUAAUUCUAGUAGAUAUACACAUGCAGGAGACAGGACAUGAAUAGAUUGAGCCUGUAUCCCAUAUGAAGAGUGCUUCACCUUUGCAUCCAGUAUAUAUUGGAAUUCUGUAAUAAGGUGGUAUAAGAAAAGCAAUUUCAGCGUUCCA